AUGCAGCUUCUUAGAAAGACACUGAACAGCAGGCACAAGUCGUCUUCCACCCGCUGCUCUUCAAAGCCGAGCACAUCGAAGUCGUCAUCUCUUGCUCAGUCCCUCCUGCUGCGACGUCGAGUUCCACUUCCAAAGCACGUCACGUUUCGAGCUCUCGCGUUCGCCUUCCUCACUCUCGUGCUCCUAUGCAUCACCUUCGUGCUCCACAGCCUCGACUUCGGUGAUGAUCAUCUCUCGCAGGGCCUGAUAGCGGGUGUGGUACUCCCACGUACUCCUCCAGUCGCCAUCCACUCAGGAAACCUUCUGAACGUAUCUCUGAUCAUGCCUCUCUUGCACGGCGGCGACCCCGUUUCCCGGAACACGACCGAACACGUGUUCCUGAGCAACUUGCUCGGCCCGCUAGUGCAGUCGGAGGAGGCUCUUUGCUAUCGCAGCGACAGCAGCAGCACACAGGCCCCUGCCUACCAGGUGCACGCGGUGGUUGUAAGCGGUGCCACUGCAGCCUCCUCUGUGCUCGGUGGCGCGGUACGUGGCGUGCUGUCUGAUGACGUGUUGCGCGGCGGUGAUGUGCUUCUGCAGGGCCGCCCCCGUGAUGAGCUGACGCCCGCGCAGUUGUGGCGCGCGUGGGAGCUGAACAUGGACGCCGUGCGCGCCGCUCUUGGCGGUGCCGCGCGGGGCGGUGCGCGGUGCCUCGGCGACCGUGUGACGCUGGUGGCACCUGUAGCGCCGGCGCCGGACACAGCGGUGGAGGUGCUCGUGGACGCUGCGCUGCGCACGCGUGGCGGCCGCGCCGGGUCGCACUUCGUUGUGCUGUCGUCGUUCCUUGGUGCGGCGUGGAUGCCGUACACGGAGCCCGACGACGCGCUGGAGACGCGCCACGAGGGCACCGGGCUGCUGGACGCGCUUGUGCGCACGGCAACGCAGCGCAACGGCGGCCGCGUCGCAGCUGCGCAGUGCACUAUACUGCAGCACAGUGACGACAGCGGCGGCUGGCGCCACCCAUCGCCGCGGCUCACCGAAAGGGAGCUCGCCUCGCUGCGCGUCGUGGACAAGGGCGGGAUGACAGGGACGACGCACAACGGCGAGGUGCUGCAGCCGUACCUGACGCGGCGGCUGAGCGGGUACAGCGCUGCGGACCAGCGCGCGUCGUGGGAGGAGGUGGUGGACGCCGUGUCGCUGCACUGCGGCAUCUUCGACCGCCGCGUGUACGACGCCGUUGGCGGGCUUGCGGGCGCGCUGUCGGUGCCCGCUGUGAGGGACGCCGUGAGUGCGCGCCAUGACCACGCGAUGGGCGCCGUGGACCGUGGUGGGUGGGCGCUGACGCUGCGGAUGCAGGAGGCGUACCCUGCGUGGCAGGUGUGGGGCAGUCGCGCUGCUGCGGUGGUGCGCGACGACGAUGCCGGCGUGCGCGCGCUCCCUGCGGUCGUCUCGCUGCGGCGGCCUGUGUUCUCGCUGCUGGACCACUACGGCCACACCGCAUACAACGUGGUGACGGAGCUGCAGCGCCGCCGCGUGGGCGUGCCGUGGCGCCGUCGUGGUGAGGACUCGCACCACUCUGCCAAGUGGAGUGCUGCGGUGCAGAACUGCCUCCCGCCGGUGAUCCGGUACCACACGGACUUCAGGGCUCCCUGUAUCGGGCUGAACCGCGAGGCGAUGGCAUACAUCCGUCCGCUGAUGGAGCGCUACGGGAUCGGUGUGAUGGGAGGGCACAGCUCAUGCCCGAAAUCCGGCGACACGCUCCUUCGGCUUGCAUACGCGGGCGUGGGGGAUCUGUUCAGAAGUGUGCCGUCCCAGGCGACCCAGAGCUUUUUCCGCGAUCGCCUGUACCGCCGCGCCGCUCUCGUCUUCCAGCACUCGCGCGCGCACCGUUUCCUCCCACUCCCCAAGCGCCGGUCCCAUGAGUGCCCUGCGGUGUACAUCGGGCACAGCAUGAGCGAGCUGUCCAACAUCCAUCAGAAGUGGAUAGUGCCGAUGCGGACACGUGCCGACGAGAUCUGGACGACGGCGGACUUCUUCGCCACCAUCUACCGCCGCAACGGUGUGAGCCCCGACAAGAUCCGUGUCGUACCGGAGGCCGUGGAUGUGUACGAGUACGACCCGGCCAACUACGCACGGCAGCCCGCGAUGGGUAGGUGCGCGAGCACAUCGUGGUGCGACAACCGGCCGAGCUUGACAGAGGAGGAGCGGCUGCAGCGCUACGUGUUCUUCUCGAGCUUCAAGUGGGAGGACCGCAAGGGGUGGGACGUGCUGCUGAAGGCGUACUGGGACGCGUUCGGCCCCUCUGCCCCGCCGGAGCUGCGCGAGCGCACGACGCUGGUGAUCAAGACACGCCUGACACGUCGCUAUUCUUCCGGUAUGUCUCGUGAUUCGGUUCUACACUUCAUCGAGACAUGGGGACGCGGCGGUGCGUUGCCGGGGAUGACGUCCAUAGCGGACUAUCCCCACCUCAUCAUUGUCACGGGCGAAGUAAGCGCGACUGAGGUUGUUCAGAUGUACGCGAACGCGGAUGCCUUUGUGUACCCGACGAAGGCGGAGGGGUGGGGACUGCCUGCCGUGGAGGCGAUGGCGAUGGGGCUGCCGGUGCUCGUCACGGAGUGGAGCGGGCCGCUGCGGUUCAUGGAGCGCGACUCUUGCUUCCGCAUCCCUGUGGACGGGCUUGAGGAGAUCUCGCCAGACUCGCCGUACGGCUACGAGGAAGGCAUGAAGAUGGCCAUCCCGAGCGUGGAGAAGACUGCGGAGCUGAUGCAGUACGUCGUGGAGCACCCGGAGCAUGCGCGGCGCGUUGGCCGUCGUGCGCGUGAGUACGCUGUGCGUGAGCUGAGCGAGGAGGCCGUUGCGGACCGGAUGGACCGUCUGUUUGUCGACUCUGUGAUCGAGCGGCAGCGCGGCUGA